CUCAGAUCGAUGAUCAGCAGACGUGACCCCGAUUACGCAUUGUGCGCCCGUAUGGUGCGCGCCCAUGGCUGGGAGCCAAGAUAUGCGCGCUUUUUUUUUCUCGAAGGGAGAACGAGCUGCCUGGUGCAUUCGAAGAUUGUUCGUCCUGCUGUUCAUUGAAAAUGUACCUGUAUUUGGUGAAGUAUUUGGAAAUACAGAGAAAAAUAAAUGUGGAAAAGAAAGAUGAUCUUAUUGGAAAUAUCAAAGAAGCUUUUAACAUCCACAAUUCAGAUGUGUUAGUCCAGUACUUUGAUUCUGACUGGGACAAUGAACUGAUCACUGUAGACAAUCUUAAUGAUCUCCCAGACAAGGCGAGACUGGUUGUUAUUCCAGUAAAUUUACCAGUCCCACUAAACGGCGAGAAGAACAUGGUGAUUGAUCUGAGCCAACUUCCCCCAAUUGGACAAAUUAAGUCCAUCAUGGAGGAACAUGCAAAUGUAAUACCUGUUGAUACAGGCACAUCCGGCCCAUCUAUGAUUAAGAAGACUGGUAUUAUCCCAUGGAACUACCAGUGGCCCUCAGCAGGUAUUACACCACGUGUCAAAUCAAAGCUGACAGCAAUGGAAACGCUGAAUGAAGCAGAUAGGUCAUCGCUUAUAGCCACAUGCUUUGAUGAUUUGGAUGCCAACUACAACAAGAUUUACUGUACUGAACAGGAAUACUUUUUGUUAGCUGAGUCUCUCCUAAGUGCCCAUCCGUACCUCAAAAACAUGGAGAAACCAUCAGAAAACGAUGUGGUCUUUUGCCCUAAGAUGCUGUGGAAACGCCGCAUUCAAAACUAUUUCAAAAAUCACCGAGCAAGAAAGAUACGUGGUCGUGCUGAAGUGCAGAAGAUGAUUCAAAAAAGACCAAAGCUAUUUACUGACUGCAGUCAAAUUCCAAAGGGACUGCCGCGAUCAAAAUCUGGCAUUUAUGCCUUGACUACCGGAAAGGAAACGUUUCUUGCGAUGUGCGAAAUAGAUGAUAACGAAGGUUGGACCGUAAGACAUUUGUUUUAG